ACAGGGUUUGUUUGUGCUCGCUCGUUAAAAAUAUAUCUGCUUACUGGAUACUCAAUUACAGAAACAUAAUUUACACGAAAAUAACUAUCUUUCUGUGUGUUUUAGUGACGAUUUGUUUUAAGUAUAUGUAAUACAGUACAUAAUGUGGCCAUUACUACAAAAAAUCUCGGAACAGGUAACAAGGUACGAAACCGUUGUAGGGCCGGUGUGGCAUGUACUUGUGUUUCUCUACCGCCUUAUAGUGGUAAUUACUGUCGGGGGCGCAGUGUACGGAGAUGAGCAGUCUGCUUUUAAAUGUAGUCAAAAAAUCCCAGGGUGUGAGAACGCUUGCUAUAACAGCUUUGCCCAAAUAUCUCAUUUACGGUUUUGGGCAUUUCAGAUACUUGCGAUUACAACACCGACUGUGUUUUUCAACUUAUACUCGAGCUUUGUUUCUGGCGAGAUCCGUAAAUUAAAAUCGUCUGAGGAACAACUACGAAUUGUGGAAGAUAAAAGAGACGGGCAACUUACACUAACUAACACAUUGUCAGAGAGGGAAAUCGGAAAAAUGACGCGAAGAAAAAGAGGGAUUGGUAACCUGAAAGUGAAACUCGUUUACUCUGACAACGAAAUAAAAGAGGUUCCAGUUACGAACAAAAUCAAAGCAGCGUACUACGUGAGCGUAUUAUUGCGAUUGGUUUUAGAAGGGGGUUUCAUUUAUCUUGGAUAUGUUUUGUACAAUAUCCCGAUAUAUGCGUCUUGUGUCGGCCCAAACUGCAACGCAAGAUCCACUAUUGCAAGUGUAUUAUGGAUGAAAGUGCCUUCAGAAUACAGAUGCAUUGGCGCGCCAGGAUCCGAAGUUUAUAACAUAUGUAACAUGCAUUAUGGGCCUAAUGCUGAACGAGGCUACGUUCCCUGUAUAACUUCAAGAGCAACUGAAAAGACAGUCUUUCUCCGUUAUAUGACCAUUCUGAGUGUCAUCUGUUUCAUACUAUCUGCUUUGGAACUUAUUUAUCUGACUAUCAAAUCCAUUUGGAAAAAAAGCUCAAAUAACAGCAGAUCCAACCUGCAAAAAUCAAUACACCCUGAGCAGUUCUAUUUUCCUUCGCCACCCCAAAUAGCCACAGCACCUAGCAAACUGUACGACGAAUUCAAUUCUUCUGGUCUGGUUGUACCAGGAAAAAAUGCGAGCAGUAAAGGAGCUGAGAAGAAGUGAGUCGAAAGAUGGCGACAGAGAGUCGUGUAAAUCGUUGCGUAGCUACGUGUGAUGACGUCAUCGUGAAUAAUGUUGAACACAUAAAUGUACAGUUCUUUUUUCGAUUGUGUUUUUCGUUCCGUUCUGAACACUUGUUUAAACGUGUACAGUUGUUUGUUACAGUAAACUUACAAUAAGAUCAGUUGUGAUACACUAAUUAUAGUUACCCUUAUGUACAUGUGAUACACUAAUUAUAGUUACCCUUAUAGAAUUGAAUGGACUGGGACCAAUAAGCCUACAUCCCAGGUAACAGGUGUGCCUAACUAAAGACUUAACUUUUUAUGGAAUAGACUAGGACAAAACCUAAAGGCCUAACUGUGGUCGCCUCACUGAAAACGUGCUUACACAUAACAGAAUGAAAAUAAUAACAAGCCUACAUCCUAUGUUUUGAUUGUGCUUAAAGAAGCUCUUUUAUCCUAAAAAAGGCGUAGGCCUAUCCAGAAUAGGUAUGAGUAGACUAUAAGUCUAAGUACAUUUGGCAACGACCACGUAAGAGACACACUGUUACAAACGCUACUUCAGAUGGUGUACAAAUUAUGACCGCAUCACGAUUAAAUACAAGGCCUGUGAAAAUGGUGUGUAACAAAACAACAGUGCUGUUGUGGGCUUGCUGUAAUGUAAAGCUUAAUCCGAUUCGCAUCGUGUAUGUCAGUACAUAAAAGGAAUCUUAGCGUUGUUUGUGCAAAGCCGAGAUUACAACAUGCGUAGGUAGAGUCAUAAUCUAUGGCCAACUGUCUUUGGCUAGCGGCAAAUAUAGCCAGAAGCCAAGAUUAUAGUUCAAAAAGACUCCAAAAACAAAUAAAUCAAACCGCAGAGUUUCAAAAUAUGCGAAUGCAGUUUAAACGACAUUGACGAAACAAUGCAUCUUAUGACGAAACAAUGCCAUGAAAAGACCGGGAAAUUUGAAAGAAUGCAUUUAUUUACAGUUUACACGUGGUAUUGCAAGUAAUAAAGCAGCAGUUUCGUAAUCUGA